AAAAAGCAAAAAAGAAAAACAUAUUGCAUCAGGAGAUCAUCUUUUAUUAGGGUAUUAGACUAGUAGACUAGAUAGAAAAUAGUAGCAGAAAUAAGAAAAAGAAGAAGAAGGAGGAGAAGGAGGAGAAGGAGGAGGAGGAGAAAGGGGCUGAAGUUAUUCAAAAAGUGGGUACAAAUUAAAAGUUUUAAAAAAAAUAGGUAUAGAUCAAAUGAGGCGACGCCGUGCAAUUUCUACAUUGCUGCGAAGCACCAUAUCAUGAAUCGUUGAGUUUUCAAAGGGGUGAUAGAUUUGAUUGACAUCAAAAUACUCGUCACUAAUACAGCCAAGUUCUUCUUGAUUGGCUUUAUCAUCCACCCUUUAUAGUAUAGUUUCAGAAAUCUUGGAAAGCUGAGUGUUUGCACUGAGAUUUGACUAUGGGUAAUGCUUCUUCAAUGUUAACUCAAUAUGAUAUUGAAGAUGUGCAGGAGCACUGCAACAAUCUGUUUACUCAGCAGGAAAUAGUUUCAUUGUAUGAAAGAUUCUGCCAACUGGAUAGGAAUUCAGAGGGUUUUAUCUAUGCUGAUGAGUUCCUUUCAGUUCCGGAGUUUGCAAUGAAUCCACUCUCUCAGAGAUUACUUAAGAUGGUGGACGGCUUGAACUUCAAGGACUUAGUGGCAUUUUUGUCAACUUUCAGUGCAAAUGCGAGCAUGCAACAGAAAAUUGAACUUAUCUUCAAAGUAUAUGAUUCUGACUGCAAUGGGAAAGUGAGGUUCAAUGACAUAAUAGAAAUGCUUCGGGAUUUAACUGGAUCAUUCAUUUCAGACAAGCAAAGAGUGGUAUUCUUUUCAAUCUUUCGUCUCCCCUUCUUUCAACUCACUUGUGACUUUUUGGAAUACCGAGCAACUUACAGUUUAAGCUUCCUAUGGAGAUAA